UUCCCUCUUUCCCGUUAAUGCUUCACACUCCAGUCCAGUUGGUGGCGGUAAUACACCAUAAGUUGGCUUGUCAACCGCCAUAAAAUCGUACAAGAAGAAGAUCAGCCAGAGCCGACAACUACUCACGCGCACGGAAACAUUACCGUUCGCAAGAAUCGCAAACACAAUAUCGAGGAAAACGCGACAGGGCAGUAAAUGUUUAUAAAUGAAGACCGCGGUUCGUUUAGUCGCGCAGCACUGAGGGACAAAACACACUGGCCUGCUGCCGAAGGUCCCUUAUCUGAAGCUGUUGUUUUGACGCUCUGCCUCCACAUAAUUAUAUAAUACGAUGGAAACGAUUCUUGCCUGCUUAGGGAGUCGUUUCGCUGGAGACAUAUAAAAAACGCCAGUGCCUCAUAAUACUGUAGUUUCAAUGCAAAUCAGCUAGACCACAACGACAACUCUUCCGUCUGCGAGAAAAUGUGGUGGAAACUCUUCUUUUUGCUCCUGUAUUUUUUCAUGUUAUUCAUCCUGGCUCGGUUUUUUGAAGCCAUCGUCUGGUAUGAGACGGGAAUUUUCGCCACCCAGCUGGUGGAUCCGGUGACAUUGAGCUUCAAGAAACUCAAAACCAUUCUGGAGUGUCGUGGUCUGGGAUACUCCGGCCUGGCAGAGAAGAGGGAUGUGAGGGAACUGGUGGAAAACUCGGGGGAGCUGAUGCAAGGGGAGCUCUACUCCGCUCUCAAGAAUGAGAAGGAGCAAGUGGGAUCUGACUCCAGCACCACUUUCAAUGGAGAAAUGCACUUUUAUGAAUUAGUGGAAGACACUAAAGAUGGUAUCUGGUUAGUUCAGGUAAUAGCCCAAGAUCGAAAUCCACUGUUGAGCACUGCCAACUGGGGCAAAAUGGUACAGAAAGUUUCUCAGUUUGGCAUUCGAACAGGCACUUUCAACUGCUCGAGUGACUCAAGGUAUUGCCAAAAACGGGGCUGGAUGAAGUCCACCCUCAUCAUGUCUGUCCCGCAGACCAAUGCAUCCAAAGGGAAGGUCAUGUUGAAGGAGUACAAUGGCAGGCGCAUCGAAACAGAGCACAUCUUCAAAUGGAUGACUGCGCAUGUUGCCUCGCGCAUCAAAACCAUACGUUUCUCUGAGCAAUUAAUGGAUGACUGGUAUCAGAUGGAAAAGCAGCCAGUGAAGAUGUUCUUGUUCGCCAGACUGCUUCAGCCCCCGUCGUUUUUCUCAGCUCUCAGCAUCAAAUUCACGGGGCGCAUCGAGUUCAUCUUCGUCGACGUGCGCAACUGGGACAACACCACCUGUCUGGACGAGAUUGGGGUGCAGCAAAUGCCCUCAUACAUCCUCAAAACACCAGAAGGCAUCUACAGAUACGGCAAUAGCACCGGGGAAUUCAUUUCCUUGCAUGCCAUGGAUGCAUUUCUUCGGUCCGUACAACCAGAAGUCAAUGACUUGUUCAUUUUGAGCUUGGUUAUGGUCAAUCUAAUGGCUUGGAUGGACCUUUUCAUUACACAGGGAGCCACCAUAAAACGCUUUGUGGUUUUAAUCAGCACACUAGGGACUUAUAAUUCCUUACUCAUCAUUUCCUGGCUGCCCAUCCUUGGUUUUCUUCAGCUUCCAUACCUGGAUAACUUUUAUGAGUACAGCCUGAAACUGUUGCGUUACGCAGACACCACUACUAUUGCCUCUUGGGUCCGGGCCGACUGGACCUUCUAUUCUUCUCACCCAGCUCUCUUCCUCAGCACUUAUCUAGCCCAUGGCCUUCUCAUCGACUACUUUGAGAAGAAAAGAAGAUGUAGCAACGAAGACCAAAACGCAAACAACCUAGAGUGGUUGUCAAGUCUCUGGGAUUGGUACACCAGCUACUUGGUACAUCCCAUUGCCUCGUUCCAGAACUUUGAGUCAGACUGGGACGACGAUCCCAAUUUCCUUUUGGAAAGAUUGGCAUUCCCAGACCUCUGGCUUCGCCCGCUGGUUCCAAUAGACUACAUCAAGAACCUGCCCACCUGGAAGUUCAGAAAAAAAAAACAGACAACUUGA